CAAUGCCGCUGAACGCAAGGGCGUCGUGCGGGAGGCCUUCUGAGUCUCCUAUUAUUGCUUAAUUUACCCCCCUUUUUUUUUUUAAAGAAACCUUACUCUGAGCCCUCUUACACACACAUAUAUAUUAUAUAUAUACAUAUCUAUAUAUGUAUAUUGGGGGCUGAGCCCCGCCGAACCCGAAUUUUAACCGAACGAAAUAGCGAGCCAACCCAACCAGCGAAACGAACCCACACAACCUGGUCCACCAGAUUACGUCCGUUCGGGUCCAGGGUCCUAAGUUCGAACCCCUGCCGGAAGUUCUUCGUGUCUACACGGCAUUGACGUAUAAACUAAAAAGAAACUCUCAACAGACUCGACAUCUAUAAACUUCGCUGGCUUUGUCACAAGAGGACUGUCUUCCGAAAUGGCUUCUGAUGAAGCAUCUCUACGAGGCCUGGAGGCCCUGAUGACCGAGUUCUUUGCGGUGGCCACCACAAACAGCAGGAAACGAGAAAUUGAGGAAUUACUAAACAUUUUCAGCCAAACACAGGACUCCUGGAAACAUUGUCUGUUUUACAUGGCAAAUACACAGAAUGAAUAUGUCAUCAUGUUCUGCUUAACUGUACUGGAGAAUGUCAUAAACAAGCAAUGGGUUGGCUAUUGUGGUGCUGACAAAAUGGACAUCAGGCUGACCCUCAACCAGUACCUGUAUGCCCACCACAACAAGGUGCCGUCCUUCAUCCGCAACAAGUUGGUCAAGCUGGUUGUGGACAUUGGCCGUACGGACUGGCCUCAUUUCUACCCUGAUUUCUUUACCAAUAUCCUUCAGUUGGUACAGGACAGCGAAACAGUGACCCUGGGUGUGUUACUUCUCAAGAUGACCUCUGAGGAGCUGAUGGCACCAAGGGAAGAUCUAAGUAUGGCACGCAAAGAGGAGCUUCACCGACUUUUGCUGGCACAGAUCCCUACAGUAUUAAACCUAUUGAAUAAUAUUCUUGAGUCCGUUUUAGAGAAACAUUGGCACCUGGUGGCAGCCACCCCUCCACCGUCACCGACUCAGGGAGAUUCGGGGACGCGGCAACGAGGUUCAUCCCUGAUGUUGUUCUCUUCCUCUCCUUUGCAAUCAGACAGUCUGCUGAGUAACAUGUUCAAAUCCCCGUCGAGCGGCAACCGCAGCCUACAACUGGAGGCCCUCCCCCCUCUGGACGUGUCUUCGUCACUGCUCUGCGAACUCUCCCUCGAGUGCCUGGCCCACUACUUCACGUGGGUGCCGCUCUCCAACACCAUCACGCCCAACCUCCUUAGUACCAUCUUCCACUUUGCAGCGUUUGGCUGCGAGGUCCGCUCUAGCUAUCACCACCACCAUCUCCAUCACCGGAGUGGCGGUGGUGGCGUCCUCAUAACUGGCGGGGGUGGUGUCAACACCACCGGCGCGACGGGGGGUGGCAGUGGAGUCCCUGGCUCCCCUGCCACCGGAGGUGAGCGAGUGGGCGGUGGUGGCAACAACAACAACAACAACAGCAGUAGAGGUAGAAGUGGUGGUGGUGGCAUCGGUGGCUCUGCUACGUCCACCUCGGCUAAUGCGGCAUCUGCUACUGGCGGUGCCAUUGCCAACACCCCUGUUUCUGCUUCUACUGCUGCUGCUGCCGCUGGUGCUGCUGCGACUUGCCCCAGCAAUGGUGGUGGAGGAGCUGGCAUUGUGGCACCGGCCAACACUCAGUCCCUGGGUGUGUUGGCGAUGAACUGCAUCAAUGAGCUACUGUCGAAGAACUGCGUUCCUCAGGAGUUUGAGGACUUCCUACUACAGAUGUUCCAGCAGACGUUCUUCUUGCUGCAGCGCCUUACCAAAGAAAGUACCCUGAAUACCAGCGGUAACAAACUGGCUGACCUUGAUGAAUGCUAUGUAGAGAAAUUCACUGAUUUCCUGCGGCUCUUUGUCAGUAUUCAUCUGAGGCGGUUUGAAUCAAAUGCGAAGUUCCCUGUGCUGGAGUUUCUUGCCCUUCUUUUUAAGUACACUUUCAGGCAGCCGACCAAUGAUGGCUUCUACAGUUGCCUGGAUAUCUGGACCGUGUUCCUGGAUUAUCUCCACUCCAAAAGUGAGAUGAGGACUGCGGACCAUGAGGAAGUCACCAACAGAUACAAACCAGCCCUGCAGUCUCUAGUCUCCCACAUUCUACAAAAGCUGCAGUUCCGGUACAAUCAGUCCCAGCUGGAGGAAUUAGAUGACGAGUCUCUUGACGACGACUCAGAGACGGAAUGGCAGCAUUACCUAAGACAGUGCCUUGAAGUGAUUGCCAAAGUUGGAGAGAUUUUAAGCCAAGAGACCUUUCAGCUUUUGAAUGACCUCUUCCAGGAAUAUACAGAGGUGUAUUUGGGGCUGGAGCAGUAUGUGGUGCCGAAUGGUGCCCACGGCCGGAAGCUGACCAUCACCGCAGAGAACGAGUGUCGGAGACUGCACUGUAUCCUACGAGAUUUGUCUUCCCUGGAGCAGGCUUUAGGGAGGAUGGCCGAACAUUUCAUCGGAGAUAGGUUUAUUAAGAAUUUCACUGACGCUGACAAUUUGGUACAACGCCUGGUACAUUGUGUAGCCUACAGUGGCUCUGCCAAACUGUACGAAGUCAGCUCCAUAGCACAAACUGUCCUUCAACCAGAUUUUAUAGAGGUACAUGCGCAGGCGCUGGCCACUCUGAAGGCGUUUGCCCACUGGCUGUCACAGUACCACUCUGAGUCCCAAAAGAUCAGUCAGCCCCUAAAGUUCACCAUCCUUUUCUCUACGCUGGUCGAGGCUACCCUGCCUUUAUUCCGGAAACAGAUACCCGAGAAGAUUGUCCAGUCAGCUGCUCAUUUACUGCUUUCUCUGAUGGUCACUGUACGGCCGUCCUAUCUACUACAGAUGACCGCUGUCCACAACCUUUACUCACAGAUUGGCCACGGACACUGUAAGGACAUGCCACAGGAGGUGCAGUUGUUGUUGUACAGAGCUUUGUCACACUAUCUACUAUUGCCGUGGCCACACCUCUCCGACACUGACCAGGACUGGGAGAAAAGAGCAGCCUACCAUCGCGAUUUUACGCGGCAACUUACGUUAGAGUUCUGCCAACUGAGGGAUACGCAGGCGCUUGUGGAAAACAAGGCCUUACAGGAGAGUGCCAAGUGCCUGAUCGAGAACACGCUAAAGAUGUGCCAGGAUUGGAUCGAGAACAUUGCUUCGGAGUCAAACAAAAGCAAACAGAUAUGUUACCAAUCCCUACACGAGAUUGUCCAGGUGACGCUGGCCAUUUUUCCAGUCUACAUACACCAACCAGAUACUGCUGACCAUAUUCUCAGUUUCUUUCUGGCCGUCUUCCAAGGUUUGCGGGUACAAAUGGGUGUGAACUUCACCGAAGGAAUCAUCCAGACGUUUAUGGGUUUAUUUACGAGGGAGCAGCUGACGGAGAACAUAUUACACGAAAACUCUGCAGGAUGCCGAGUUGUGGAAAAAUUUCUUCGUAUUCUAGAGUUGAUUGUACAAGAACCCGGAUCUGCCUUUAAAGCCUUCCUGCCCAGCAUCAUAUCAGUGUGCAUGGAUCAGAUCUACCCGGUGGUGGCUCAGCGUCCUUCCCCUGACAUCAAAGCAAUGCUGUACAAAUUAUUAUUUGAGUUUUUCCUCAACAACUGGCGUUACUAUUUCAAGGGUAGCCUGUUAUCCACCCUCAACAACCAGAAUAGUGAGAUGAUGGAGAACAGUGCACAGUUUAUUGCCAUUAUGCAGGCCUUUGGUCAAUCAUUCCUCCAGCCAGAUAUUGCUCUGUUCCGACAGAACCUCGAAUCUUUGGAAACGCUCAAUACCAAAUGGAAACUCUACCACAAGAAGGUAUUCCGGGAAGCUUUGCUCUACCAAUUCCUCAACGUGUUUAUCCAGGUUCUACUACAGAAGUCCCACGACCUCCUGCAGGAAGAGAUAGCCAUCAGUGUGUACAACAUGGCCUCUGUAGACUUCGAUAACUUCUACACCCAGUUCUUGCCAAACUUUCUCAACGGCUGCGAUGGGCUUGCGGCUGACCAGAGGACCGUGCUAGGACAGAAUUUCAAAAUGGAUAAAGACAUGCCCUCUUUCACCCAGAGUGUUAACCGAUUUGUCAAUGACCUCCGCUACUAUCGUCUCAUCAACAGCAGUUUGCCAGCCGGCUCCUUCAAGUUUUGAACCCACAACCAAGCCGACUGUCACCGGACUGUUUAAUUAAUUAAUUAACUAAACUAAAAUGACCACCUCCUCUCAUUCACAUACUCCACUGGAAUGGACAUACCUGCUGCCAAAAACUCACAUGGAUUCAACAGAAGCACUAAAGCUUAUUGGUCCCAACCUGCCUGAUCUUGGUGUAUGUGGGUCGACGGAGAGAGGGAGAGAGAGCGUGGUCGACCUCUUUGUGACCUUUACAUGCGGUGACCUUUCGCCUUUGUCUGCCUCAUUUGGGGUUGACCUCAGAAAGGUCACCUCCGCCAUGACCUUUUGCUAUAAUUACUGCCGAAUUCUUGUACUGACUCCAAAUCUAUGCCUGUCUGCUCCCCAUAUCUCCAACACCCCAUUUGUCCCCCACCCCUCCUUGUCCCUCUCCCUCGUCCCAGUGGUGUUCUGGUGUCUGCCCGAGUGACCUCUUGUGUACUACUCACAUAAUCAAUGUUAUUUCCAUUUGAUUGUGCAUAUGUGUGUGUAUAAAUAUAUAUAUAUAUAUAUACAUACAUACAUACAUACACACACACAUAUAUAGAUAUAUGCAUAUAUAUAUAUAUAU